UAUAUGUGAAAUGAAUGGCAAAAAUAUGAUUAAUGAAGGAUCGACCAAUUACUAAUAAAAUACAUUGUGUUGUACAGACCUACGCAGCAUGCUGUAUCAGCGCACUGCAUUAUUGAAACGGCUGAAGAAAUGCAUAUGUAGCCUAGUUUAGACUAUGCACUUGUUUUGUGUACAGAUACGACGGCGAGGUUGGGGCAACCUGACACACUUGAGCAUUAAUAGCCAUGUUUACCUGUACUAGUUGACUGCCAAGGUUGAACUCAUUCAUGUGUGAAAAAUGUUGUCGAGGCAUCUGUAAACGGCUGAAGAAAUGCAUAUGUAGCCUAGUUUAGACUAUGCACUUGUUUUGUGUACAGAUGUGACGGCGAGGUUAGGGAAACCUGACACACAUGAGCAUUCAUAGCCAUGAUUACCUGACCUAGUUGACUGCCAAGGUUGAACUAAUUUAUUCAUAUAUAUUUGUUGAGCACGAAACCAUGAAGUGUAGCCAGGACAUUUCCUUGAAACUAUGGGCGGCCAUGUUGCUUCAAUAUCUUAACAGUUUGUGACGGAUUACGGAUAGAACUAGCACUUUUUUGACAGCAGGGACGGCAAUGACGGAGCGCUACAGCUUCAACAGCGGAACAAAGAACACCCUCAAAUGGGAGGACUACGUUGUGUUUGGAGGUACACUUCUCAUCCCUGCCGGGAUUGGCCUCUACCAUGCGAUCAAAGACAGGAAGAAAAACAGCCCGUCAGAGUUUCUGGUUGGAAACCGUCAGAUGGGCACUAUCCCUGUAGCUUUGUCGGUGACGGUGUCCUUUAUGUCAGCGUUGACGUUGCUUGGGAUGCCUGCCGAAGUCUACAACUACGACACGAUGUUCUGGUGGCUUGCCCUCGGCAUGGUAAUGGCCGUGGCUGGAGCAGCGCAUCUCUUUCUGCCCUUCCUGUACAGGCUUGGGGUAACCAGCGUCUAUGAGUACCUCGAACUGAGAUUUGGGAAGCGAGUUCGGAUACUGGCAUCUCUUAACUGGCUUAUUCAAGUGCUGAUGUACAUGGCCUUUGUACUUUUUGCCCCAUCACUGGCGCUUUAUUCAGUAACUGGUCUGGACUUACGGCUGUCAAUCUCUUCUGUUGGAAUAAUAGUGACCUUCUACACAGCUCUGGGAGGGAUGAAGACAGUGUUAUGGACGGACAGUCUACAGACAAUCAUCAUAGUUCUUGGGCUCAUCUCUCUGCUGGUUCAGGGAUCCCUGGCGGUGGGAGGAUUCUCUAAGGCCUGGGAAAUUGCAAGGGAGAGGACCCGCCUACGAUUCUUUGAUUUCAACCCCAGCCCGGGGGUGCGGCAUUCGGUGUGGUCUUUGGUUGUGGGUGGAGGAAUCAUGUGGAUGUCCUAUCUAGGGGUUAACCAAGUGCAGAUACAGAGACUCAUGUCCUGUCCUACCCUCAGAAAGGCGAAAACGGCGCUGUGGUUGAGUUCUGUAGGCCUUGUAGUCAUUGUGACUUUGUGCAUACUGAUAGGGGUGCUCAUACACGCAUUCUACAAGGACUGUGACCCAUUAAAGUUCAAUGACCUCAUAUCUAGUUCAGAUCAGUUACUUCCACUGUUUGCAAUGGACAUAUUCGCAACAACCCCUGCUCUACCAGGCAUUUUUCUAGCAUGCAUUUUCAGCGGGAGUUUAAGCACGCUGUCGUCGGGUCUAAACGCCGUUGCUGCAGUCAUGUUGGAGGACUACAUCCGGCCCUACUGCUGCAUCACCAUCACCGACUUCCGGGCCACUGUCCUCUCGAAAUGUCUUGUGAUCAUUUUUGGAGCCUUGAGUCUGGCUUUGGCGUACGUUGUUUCAUCUUUGGGAAAUAUUCUUCAGAUUUGUUACGCAGUAAUGAGCAUUUUAGACGGUCCUCUGUUUGGCCUUUUUGUCCUUGGGAUGUUUUGCCCUUGCGCAAAUUCUGUUGGUGCUACCGCUGGCUAUUUCACGUCUUUAAUAUUUAUGUUAUGGAUUGGUAUCGGUGCGUACCUCAAUGGUGUAUCAACGCAAGUAUCCAGUACGUUUGUCAACGGAUGCAACUGGGACAUAAUUGGUGCCAAUGAUACAGGACUGCACACUGCUCACAACUUCACCAACGAUGAUGGUCGUGCUGACGAAGAAGUAGCAGCAAAGGGCUACUUAUCAAUUUAUGAUUUGUCAUACAUCUACUACUCUGCCACGGGUAUGAUUGUCGUGGUCUUCGUUGGGAUCGUUGUGAGUCUCCUUUCACGACGGUUUUCUCCCGAAACUCCUGCAUCUUCCCAGUACAGCCGAUCAAUUCUGGACGAACUAUGCCAAUGUCUGCCUGAGAAGGUUCUGAAGGUGUUUCGAUGCAAUAAACAACCAGAACAGCAGUACCAGUCGACGAAUGAAGAGAUCCCAUUUGACGUUACAGCCACAGAUAUCUAGCCAUGCUGCUGUGUAAUAUGGUAUCAAAUAUCUUUGGUUCUCAUUUCUUGGUUCGAGGACAAUCUUGAUAAAAAAAAGCAUAGCAUAAUGUGCAGAAUGGGUAAACAUCAUACAUGAGCGAUCGAUUAAGGAUUACAGGAUCCAGUCGUUACAGAAAUGGUUGUACUAAUGAUUAGAUAUGGCGAGAGUAUUCAAUAGAUUGGCAGGAUGAGUACGACCAGCGUAUGUCUAUGUAUCAUUGUCAAGGAUGUGUAAUUUGAGCUGGUAGUGUUUUGUCGCCUUUGAUUAACUGAUUUGAGAAUAUGCAUUUUGUUUUCACACAAAGAGUUGUCUAAUGUAUAAGAUAAUAGAAAAGUCGCAUCACAUGUUAUAUAAUGAAUCGAUACAAUUGGAGUGGGUUAGAGGUGAACAUUCUUGUCUGGUUGGUUUGAGUGAGUGAGUUUGGUUUUACGCCGCUUUUAGCAAUAUUCCAGCAAUAUCACGGCGGGGGACACCAGAAAUGGGCUUCACACAUUGUACCCAUGUCGGGAUUCGAACCCUGGUCUUCGGCGUGACGAGCGAACGCUUUAGCCACUAGGCUACCCGACCGCCCCUUCCGGUUGGUUUGAGCAGAUGUAGCGAGCUGGUGUUCGUGGUCAUUGAUCAUGAAGAGCCCCCAAAAGAUGAUGCAGGCGACGAAGCUUCGAUGUCGCCAGGGGUUUACGUACAGGAUUGGUGGGGAUGAUACAAAAAUUUAUUGGAAAGAAGCUGCUGAUGUUUCUCUUAAUAGAUUUAAACUUCCAAAAGAAAUUAAUAUACAUAAACAAUAACGAAACUCGGUUAGCAACUGUGAACAUAACUGCUAUUAUAGAUACACACUUUGGAAUUUUCUGAUAGGGUCUGACUGUCUGUAUGUAGUUUAUCUGUGGUAUGAUGGUUCACCACCCUUUUUAUAUAGUAUAACAUUGUAUACUUUUACCAUAGGACAUAAUCAUCAGAUUGUGUGUUUAUUUAUUUGUUUGUUUGUUAUUUAACAUCGCACUCCAGCUAUAUGACGGUCCACGUCAUUGGUAACCUCUUACGACAAGCAUAGUCGCCUUUUAUGGCAAGAGUGUUGAGUAAAGUAACUCAGGUGUAAAUAGGUCUCAACCGACUUAAUUUGCUGUCCAUGCAUCUUGUCAAUAUCUUGUCAAAGUGUUGUUUUAGCUACUCUCAUUGUAUUACUGUCAUACAGUUGCUUUGCUAAUCAGCUUUUGAAUUUGCUCUGAAUCAAUUAAUCAGUGAUCAUUGUCAGUGUAAAUUUGGUUUUUGAUCUUUUAUGUUGUCGUUUAUGGAUAUAAUUAGCUGCAAGUAAUUAUAAUAAACUUGUGAACCUAU